AUGGAACCGCUACCAGGACAGAUUGCUGACCCACCGGGGGCAGUGAUCGUCGAAAACCACGAGGAAUACGAAGUGGAAAGGGUGCUGGCCAGCCGAACGCGAAACCGGAACCUACAGUACCGCGUCAAGUGGACGAGUUACGACGGCGGCUUUUCUGGCGUAUGCCCUAGCAAUAUCAUUAAGAGUUGA